AUGGGAAAUUGCUGUGUCCAAGAAAAGCCAGUCUAGGAUCUAAGGGAUAGUAAUACUUAAUCGACUAAUACCUCCACUUAAAAGAACUAGAGCAAAAAAUCUGCUAACAAUCCAAUAAAAUAAAAUAGAGAGAAUAGAGUAUCAUUUGGAUAAGCAGCUAAAGAAAACACUUAGAAAAUAUUAGAAUCAAAUGGCUAGAAGAAUUCAUCUUUGGAUUAAGCAGUCAAUCUUGGCACCCACCAUAGGGAGUCGAUUGACCAGUUUAACAAUGGCAAGUUUACCUUUGAGCCUAACAGUAAAUUGAACAUCAAUCACAAUGACAAUUAAAUUGGAGAUCAGGCUGUCUCAUUCGGCUUAGCUGGCGUCAUGAAUAACAAACUAGGUGGAGCUGAUAGCCAUUAUAGCUACAAAAAUCAAUCAAGGAGUGUAGUGUCAAGUUAACUUAAUAAAAUGCAGAAUUAGCAAAGCGGAAGCACAGUGAUCCCUGAGAAGGAUUUGGAACUAGAAGACGAAGAAUUUUGA